CCUCUCCACUAUUCAGACAGUCAUCCUUUCUUUGCCGGUGUUACCUGAACAUUCCUUGUCAAAAAUACGAAGAAGACAUUAAAGUCAAUCUUUUUUUUUGUCUACACCAAAAUAUUUUCAACUAUGAUGAAGCGAUUCUUCUUAACACCAUCGAAUCUUUUCGUGGUCAUCGUUACCACAAAUAUGAUUUACGGAAGUCCUUUAUCGAUAAUUAGAUUGUUGGCACAUAAUCGUGCCUAUUCUCGUUCUGGAUUAAACAAAGAUAUUAAUAAUCAUUUGGACGAUGGAAAGAAUUACGAGAAUUCGAUAUCCGUCGAUGAUUCUGUUGCAACGGGUGAUAUUAAUUUACAGGAUAACCAACAAGAUUGGACGAAGAUUACGAAGAACCCAGCGAGUCCUAUAACUGCUACAGUCGGGAAUAGGAUCGAGUUAAGAUGCGAAGCUAAUGGCAGCCCACCGCCACAAAUUCUUUGGUUGAGAGGAAACGAUCCAGAAAAGCAGCUAACCGAGUUCCUGGGUAAAAGUACGGCGGAUCUUGAGAUUUCUUCCGACGGUUGGGAAGGACUGGGUCAGGUUGUUUCGAAACUCGUCAUAGAAUGUGUUACACCGAACGAUCAAGGCUUAAUUUAUUGCGCAUCUGUAGCCGGGAAAAAAAUGCAAUUGUCAAGUCCAACUUUACUCUUGGUCAAAGAUAAAGAUAAUGGAAACAACAACAGUUGUAUCGGAGAAAAUAAACCAACGAUAACUUUACACUCACCGAUGAGAUUUGCUCUGAUUGGAUCUACGGUCGUUUUGCCAUGUAGAGCUACGGGCAAACUAAGACCAUAUACGUAUUGGUUGGACAAUAACAAUGCUGUUAUACAUUCGUCCUCGAAUCCACGAUACAAGAUCUUAAGAAAUGGAGAUCUGGUGAUAGAUCCGCUCAAAUGGACGGACAUGGGAAGUUUGACCUGUUAUGCCAAAUCUGAUUACCAAGAAGAUAGUGCGACAACGUUCCUUUAUCCUAUGGUAGACGAAAAGAAGGCACUCUGAACGUGAAAGUAAAAAGAAUAAAAAAAAACGAUAAUGAAAAUGAAAAAGAAAAAAAAAACAACAACCCAAAAUGAGAGAAAGGCCACUGUCUCUGUUAUCGAUGUUCUCAAAUCCGUACCAUUAAUAAUAUACCGAUUCAAAUGGAUGAUUUCAAAGAGUUGAGUGAAAGUAUUGCUUGAGCAGCAGUAUGCAAAUUUGGUUGAUUCAUUUCGAGCGUCAGUUUAAUAUGUUUGUCCUUUCGAUCGCCGCUCGCCGCUCGCCGCUCUGACAAAUUUUUCUAACGAAGUGCACCUUCGAGCGCACUCACGCAAUGAUUGCUAUAAAUCAAACUGGAUAAGACCAGUUGAUCUUCCGACGAAAUUAUCGUAGUUUUCUUCUCUUCUCGUUUAUUCGUCUUAUGAUAAUACGUGUAUAUAUAUAUAUAUAUAUACAUACACAGUCAAACUUGCCCUAUUCGUCGAAUUACAACAACGACGACGACGACGACAUCGUCAUUUUUAUUUAUCGAUUUGUUCUAUUUUAUAUUUCUAACGAAAUAUAUAUUUUUAAUACGUGGGUAGUAAUCGUAUAUAUAUAUAUAUAUAUAUAUAUAUAUAUAUCGGUAUUUAAGAGCAAACAUUACUGCUGCAUUUUUAAUUAACGCGUUAAAUAUGACGACAAUAAAAAAGAAAACAAAAAAAAA